AAAAAGAAAGAAAGAUAGCAAAAACCCCAACGACAUUGACAACAUCAUCAUCAAGUGAAGUUGCUUCUGCUUCUGCAUUUGCUGCUGCUGCCUCAUCAAGCAAAGAGCUAAACGAGUUUUGAGGGGAGCGAGCGGACAGCAAUCUCCUUCCUCUUUCCCCCUUUGCCUUCGCCCUAUCCCUUGUGUGUGUGUGUGUGGCAAGUGCAACAGUCAUGGCGCUGCAAGGACACAACACGUUCUCCUUUUGCUGCUCCACAGCUGGAUUUAUCGCUUGCUCAGCAAUCGUUCUGCUUUGCAGUUCCGAAGUCCUGUCCAGCUGGGAGGAAUGGUGGACAUACGAUGGCAUUUCCGGUCCAAGCUUCUGGGGACUCAUCAAUCCGCAGUGGAACAUGUGCAACAAAGGACGACGCCAGUCGCCCAUUGAUGUGGUGCCCGAUAAGCUGCUCUUCGAUCCGUACCUGCGACCGCUGCAUAUUGAUAAGCACAAGGUUUCCGGCACACUGCACAACACUGGUCAAUCACUCGUCUUUCGCGUCGACAAGGACACAAAGCAGCACGUUAACAUAUCCGGCGGUCCGCUCGCCUAUCGCUAUCAAUUCGAAGAGAUUUACAUACACUACGGCACCGACAACAGUCGCGGCUCCGAGCACUACAUUCAGGGCUAUAGUUUUCCCGGCGAGAUACAAAUCUAUGGCUUCAACAAGGAGCUGUAUCACAACAUGUCCGAGGCGCAGCACAAAUCCCAGGGCAUUGUCGGACUCUCGUUGAUGGUGCAAAUUGGCGAGACGCCCAAUCCAGAGCUGCGCAUCAUAACGAGCACAUUCAAUAAGGUGCUCUAUCGAGGCUUCUCGACGCCCAUUCGCCACAUAUCGGUGCGAUCGCUGCUGCCGAAUACGGAUCAUUACAUCACGUACGAGGGAUCCACCACGCAUCCGGGCUGCUGGGAGAGCACCGUCUGGAUCAUAGUUAAUAAACCCAUCUAUAUCACGAAACAAGAGUUAUAUCAACUCCGACGACUGAUGCAAGGCUCCGAGAGUACACCGAAAGCUCCAUUAGGUAAUAACGCGCGUCCCGUGCAAAGUUUACACCAUAGAACCGUAAGGACGAACAUAGAUUUUAAGCGUCACAAGAAUCAAAAUGCGUGUCCUUCGAUGUACAAGGACAUGUACUAUCGAGCGAAUCGCUGGUCACCCGAUACGGGAAUGCUGAUACGUUGACAACCACAACAACAACAACAACAACAUCAACAAGAACAACAACAAAAACAGGAACAACGAAGCGCACCAACAAUAACGAUAACAACAACAACAACAACUGCAACUGCAACUGCAAUAGAGGCUGGCAACGCAUUUCGCAUUUUUGAUGCCGCAUUCAAAUUUGAUAUUAACGUUUUUGAAACGAGCUCAGGAUUCGUUUGGCUUGCAGCAGCAUUCCUUCUCCUACAAAUGCAACACACAGCAACAAUAACAACUGCAAAAACAGCAACAACAACAACAAGAAACUCUCAAAAAUAUGGUAAAAUUGUAGCGAAUAAUUUUGAAAAAGCAAAGCUUGAGAAUACCCUUGCAUAUUAAUCUAGGAAUAAAUGCUAGAAAUAUCAAUAUCGUUCCUAAAACAUAUGAAAAAAAGAAAGCUGUCUUUAAUUUGAUUUAAAUAACUUUUAUAAUUUUGCAUGUUUGUACUUUAGUUAUGUAAUAUCGCUCUGCAAGGGUAUUUACAGGGUAUCUAUACAAAAUGAAAGGCUUAUAAGAACGAAGAAACACAUUAAAAGCCACAAAACCGCAAAAAUG